CCUCUGUGCCCCCCAGCUGGCAGGAGGGAGAAGAUGAAAGCAGGCUGCAGCAUCGUGGACAAACCCGAGGGAGGAGGAGGCUACCAUUUCCCGGAGUGGGCCUACAAGACCGAGUCCAGCCCUGGCUCCAGGCAGAUCCAGCUGUGGCACUUCAUCCUGGAGCUGCUGCAGAAGGAGGAAUUCCGCCACGUCAUCGCCUGGCAGCAGGGCGAGUACGGCGAGUUCGUCAUCAAGGACCCCGACGAGGUGGCCCGGCUGUGGGGCAGGAGGAAGUGCAAGCCCCAGAUGAACUAUGACAAGCUCAGCAGGGCCCUCAGAUAUUACUACAACAAGAGGAUCCUCCACAAGACGAAGGGCAAGAGAUUCACCUACAAGUUCAACUUCAACAAGCUGGUGAUGCCCAACUACCCGUUCAUCAACAUCCGGCCCAACGGUGAGUUGGGGGGCCUCGGAAUUCCGGCCCUUCGGAAUUUCCAGGGGCUUCUGCAG